AUGGAUGAAUCCAUUCGGCGCUCUUCCCGCAGCAAUAAGGGGGUAAAUCAACACCUUCAACGGCAGAGACAGGCCGAACUGGAAUACGUCAAGGCAAGAAAGGUUCAACACAAUAGUGAAAAGCUCGUUGAGGACAAACCUGAGGUUGUGAAGUGUCUUGUUUGUGGAACAACAGACGAAAAUUACGAUGAAGAAAAUGAUCCGAAUGGAGACAUGAUUCAAUGCGAUACUUGCAAUACUUGGCAGCAUAUCAAGUGCAUGACGGGUAAUGAGGGUGCCGACGACAUGGAAAAUUACGACUGCAGCCUAUGCGCACCAUCGAAAUACCCCAAUUUGACUUAUGCCAUAGACCCCGAUUCUAAGUUGGAAGUGUCCUUCACAAAACGUCGAGCAGAUGACGAUCAAAAUGACUACAUCAACGAUGGGUUGGAAAAUGUGUCUGAUGGAGUCGAGGAAGAAAUCUAUCAUCGUCCAGUCAAACGUAAAAAAAGCUCAAAGAAGGCUGCAAGUUUCAAAGAUUCAGAAUCCAAGCAAAGGGAAAGCGCUUUAAAAAUGUUUAAAGAUCUCUUCGCCAAAUACAUUAUACCGGAGACGACUGCUGCUCGGACUUUCCAGUUGCCGCCUGAUACUUCAAUAGACAUACUAUCCAAUCAUUUUUCUGGGGAACUUGAAAAGGAACUUUAUGAGGCUUGCAUUAGUAGCGAUACGGGCAAAUUGAAUGAUUUAUACAAGGAAAAGGUUCGAGUACUUUUCUCUAACUUGAAAGACCAAAAGAAUAUCGACAUGAAGACUCUUGUUAUAAACAAGAAACUCCCGUUUAACAAACUUGUAAAGAUGUCUGUAAACGAACUCAUCAACCCAGAUCUCCGGCACUUCAGAGAGAAGGUAGAUAAUGAAGCCCUUGAUAAUCUUGUUUUGGAACAACCCGACAGACCCAAAUACCACAAAACUCAUAAAGGAGAUGAGCUAAUUGAGAAUCAAAACGAUUACGAGCCCGAAGACGUCAUCUUCAAUCGGGAUAUUGUGGCAACAAAGCUGAAAGAGAAUGCUGAGAGCGAUAGAGGUUCAGAUCCCUCUGACGACAGAAGCUCGAGUGGGUUGGACCACCGCGGUAGCGCUUCAGCUGACCAUGGAGGCAUCAGUAGAGUUAUACCCACAAAAGAAUCAUGGGCCUGUAGUUUGGAGUACAAGGAGACGCGCACCAAGUUUUCGGGCAAUAUUCGAUUUCUUUCGUCCUCGCAAGACAUCAGCAACACUAUACGUCGUGACGCCAUUGGCGACGGAGAAUUCGUGGUUGAAGGCAGAUUGAAAGAUGAAGACGCGGAGAGUUAUAUCGAACAGAUGGCUACAACGAGAACGUUUCUCGCGUAUGUGUUGAAGCCUCACAACAAUUACCAAGAUUCCCAGCAGUCUGAAGCCUUUUACGAAUUUUUGUCGAGCAGGCAGCGCUACGGUGCACUUAAGGCUAAGCGAAAGUACGUGCGGCAUGUCUACGUGAUUCCCUACUCUGAGCGACAGCAAUUUGGGGUGUUGAAAUACAUCCAGUUACCCGAGGGCGAAACCGAUCUCACGGAGGGCGAAACUUAUUUAGUUGUGGCGAUAGUUAGACCUGAUAUGUUUGAUGUUACUUAG